CUGUGAAGGCGAAAUGCAACUCUGUUAUAUUGUUAUGUUAUAAGCACAGGGCUGUUACGGCAACAUCUGUUUAAGCGCUGUCCACAGAGGAAGUUGUAUUUAUUUGAGUAUAUAAAAUGCAGGAAAUAUUUCCAAACGAAGAUCAGGACAACAAAUAUGAAACAAAUACUGUGGUGGAGCAGGAAUACAAGUUAAUUGAAAAAGCCUAUGAAGAAUUCAGCAGCCGCCAAUAUGAUCGGUGUUUGGACACUCUCAACGAAUUGGAGCAAUGUAGUGGUAGUAAUAACAAAUUGGAACAUAAUCGAGCAGUAGCAAAAUUCUACCAAUCAGGAUGUAAAGAUCAUGCUACCCUCUUAAAAACACUUUGUGAAAAUUUUGACAAAACUAGUCUUGCAGGUACAUCCAGCCCUACUCAUACAAAAGCUGUUGGAACUUUAUACAGUCCGAUUGCACGUUUUAAUAUGACCGUAAUUUACUAUCAUCGUCAUAUGUAUCAAACUGCGAUUGAGACACUUUUGCCGCUGGUUAAUCAGUUAAAAGAACUUGAGGAGCAUAUAUCUGUUCUAGUGAGUACAUUCAUGCUGCGUUUGCUGCUUGUCACAAAUCAACUGCGCAGGGCAGCAGCUUUUCUAGAAAUGCUACAAUUGCCCGAGCACAAAUCAUGCCUAAGCUUGAACAGAGACGCGCUUAUUGAUGAAGAUUGCUAUUCUUGUGAUAUGACCACGGCGAAUCAUGAAAAUUAUUAUUGUGCUUACAAAUUCUUAGCAAUACAGACUUGUGUACUGAACCGGAAACCAAUUUUGGUCGCCGAAGAUGGCUUGCCACAUUUUGCCGCACUGAAAGCACAUCAAUAUUACAUAAUGAAAGACUUCCAAAUGGCGGCCAAACAAUUGAAGAAACUUUGCGAUCACUCUGAAAUUAGUGAUGAGCCAACUGCCAAGAUGAUCAAUGCAUGCAUUGCCAACAACAUGGGCGUUAUCCACUUGCGCGUGCGUCAUUAUGCCAUUGCAGCGAAAUUCUUUCAAGAAGCUAUAUCAUUUGACAAACAUGUUGCUGCUAAUUUGCGUGAUAUUUCGCUGUAUCAAAUGAGCACAACGCGUGCUUGUGAAAUACUUUAUAAUAUGGGUAUUGCGAUGCUGCACUUGCGCCGACCAAAAGAAGCGUAUAAGUGUUUUUCUGUGCCGCUGAAAACACAUCAUAGUAAUCCCCGUUUAUGGUUUCGCAUAUCCGAGGCAUGCAUAAUGGAACACGAAAUGAAAAUGCUGGAAGAGGAUAAGAAGCCAAUGAUUACAUCUAUGGUGCACACCGCAGGGCGUAAAAUUUAUUUUUUAAAACCAACUAAAGGCAAUGUAGUAUAUUCCUUCGAUGAAUCCGGUCCAAAUCUGCACUUUGCUGCAUUGGCUUUACGUAAUGCGCUAACUCUGACUACAUACUAUAAGAAUGCUUAUGAUGUGACUGAAGAUGAUGAAACUCCUACGGGACGUGAGAAAGCGGAUUGGCGUAAUGUCAAGGAUAAUAACUUUUGCAGUCCAUCGGGACCGGUUUCGAAGAAAUCCCUCGAUAAUAUGUUGUGUGCUAUCUAUGCGGCAUACAGUUAUGUCUCGCUACGUCUGGGCGAUUAUGUUUGCGCCUACGAGAUGGCACAGGAACUGUUGAAGGCUGAAAAACUCUCCGAUGCGCACAGACUCUUAGCGCAGAUGUAUGCCGGCGAGGCAUUAUUAAUGAUGGAUAAAAUAGACGAGGCACGACCGCUUUUCGAACCCACAUUUGUAUCCUCAUUGAAUGCUUUUGAUUUCGAGACAAAAGAUUGGCGUGUGAAAUCUUUGGAUGCUGCGCAGAAUGUUGUACGCUAUAAUUUGGCUGUGGUAACAGCCAUGCAAGGUGAUAUUGACCUGUGCAAAACUUACUUGAGCAGUUGUACACAUCCAAUUGUGGCUGGCAAAGUUCUCUCGUUAAAAACUUAUAUCGAUUUAAGAAUGUCGAAAAGCCAACCACAAAGCUAAAAUUAGCACUCACCAUUUAGUACAUAUGUACAUAUAUUGUAUUUAUAGUUAGUUUCGAUAAAUUUGAAUUAUGUUAGUACAUAAAUAUAUAUGCAUAUGCGUUUCGUAGUUAUGUUAUCGUUUGUACUGCAUUUGAAAAAGUAAAAUAAUAUUUACAGUAG